AAAUGGAGAGGUGCUGUGCUGAAUGAAAAACACAUGUCUGAUUUGGACGACAUUGAUCCAGAACUUGAGGACUUCGAGUCUUCAGUACCGCUGAGGAAAGUACCAUACGGAGAUGUUUUCGAGGCUUCUAGGGCCGGCGACGUCGACCGCCUCCGUUACCUGCUCGAGUCCGGCGUCAACAUUAACGACAGAGACCAGUGGGACUCCGUCGCACUCUAUUACGCCUGCCUCACCGGUCACCUCGACGCAGCCAGGAUGCUCCUGGAAAGCGGCGCCAUUUGCUCGGAGCACACAUUUGACGGCGACCGGUGUCACUACGCCGCCCUCAAUUUGAAUGUCCGGAAGCUCCUCAAGGCCUUUGAGGCUCGACCUCCCCCUCUCGCCCCCCUGCAGGCCGCCCUCAGGGAAACCUUUUUGGGAUGCUCCGCCAAUGCUCGCGGAUAUGCAGCUGAGCAAAUAUCUGAGGCUUCGGACUCCUCAAUUGCAGGUAAUGGAGGAGGUUUCAGCUCCACCCACUUUCCACCAGAUGUUGUGUUUUAUUUGCAAGGGAAGCCCAUUGAAGCUCAUAGAGUCAUUUUGAGUGCAAGGUCACCCUUUUUCAAGAAAAAGUUUCAAACGGAAUGGAAGGAUCGCAAAGAAAUCCGGUUCUCAAGGGAAAAGCUCUCAUAUCCUGCUCUCUACAGCCUCAUCCACUUCUUUUAUUCUGACAGACUUGAGAUAGCAGUAGAUGAUAUGGAAGAUCUUGUCAGGAUUUGCAAAGUCUGCAAAUGCGAGUCAUUGCAAAUUCUCCUAGAGAAAGAGCAGAUUCAUCAAAGAUAUGCUGACUAUAAAGCCGUCAGAGAUAUAGAUAACUCUCAAAAGCGGUUUAUUUUGCAGGGACUAUCACUUCCAGAAGAAAACCGUCUCUCAACUGCAUUGCAUCGCGUACUCCAAACAUCUCUUUCCAAUUCUAAGCGGAUGAUUGAUGAUUCUGAAGAUGAUGAUCUUGCAGAUGUUUGUGUGAAAGUUGAAGGGAAGGUUUUUCGGUGCCAUCAAGUGAUCUUAGCUUCAAGGUCUGAGUAUUUUAAGGCAAGGUUAUCUCGCAUGAAGGACUUCCUUGAAGGAAGUAAUGGCUUACCUGAUAGUACAAUAUUGUGUCUCGAGGAACAUGACUUAAGUGGUGGAGCUUUUGAGAAAAUGAUAGAGUAUAUGUAUACAGAUGGCUUGAAGGACAUAGAUCCAGAUCAGGCUGAAGAAUUGUUUGAUGCUGCUUCAAGAUACUUGUUAUUUCCUCUUAAGCGUGCAGUAGCAGAUGCUUUGCUGCCACAUCUGGAAAUGGUGCCUCCUGUUGACCUAUGUCGUUGGCUGGUUUUGUCAGACAUGUAUGGAGUGCUGAAGAUACGGGAGUAUUGUCUUGAUGUAAUGGCUUGUAACUUUGAGAUAUUCGCGGAGAUGCCGGAGUUUAGGGCUAUGCUGUUGACCUUGCCACCACCUUCUGGGAAUUCCACACUCCGCACGUCCGCACCGAGUGCACCGGGAGCUGAGAUAAGCACAGCGGCUGAAGGUGCGAAUGUCCUGGAUGAUUUGAGAGAGAAGUGGCUUGAAGCUGAAGCUGCUGAGCUGGACAAAAGAGAUGAGAGUGCUUUGAUUUUUGAUAAGCGUCUUGAGAUGCUUAUGCAUUUGGCGUCUGAACACGAGAGGAUGGGAUCAAUGGUGCUGAAUGAUAAUGGGAUUGAAGCUGAUUCUCUAUAGUAGGCUUGAAAUAAUGUUUUACAGAGACUGCUCAUUGUUGUUCCGCAUAGGAGAGGAUGAACCGCUCUCGGACUCCUUUGCUUUCUUCUCUAAGCUCCAGUACAUUAUACUUGCUGUCAAUGUCAGAAUCAUUUUCUGAUUCACCUGUUCCAAAGGGGACACAUUUAUAGCAGCAGUGCAUUUCUAACUAUGUUUAGAAAACAAACACAAAUGCAUAUGUAUGUUUGCACUUAUAAUGUAAUCAUUCAUGAAGAAGACGACGAAUAGAACAUCUUUACUACCUCCAUUAUGUCCUCUGGCAACAAAAAAAUUGAGCAUCCGAUUUUCCGAGCAACACUGAUGAUAUAUGUCGCGUUUAGCUUCUUAUCCUCAUCUGCCAAAGUGUAACACUUACUGUGUUUGUUCCAGGUUUAAAAAUAAACUAUGAAGCCGUAAAAUAUGAUAUAUGCCUUGUAUAGAAAAAUAAUGAAGCUGUUGUUUAAAGAUGUUCUACCUGUUAUCCCCUUGGUGACGAGGCUCCAGUUUACAACUCUUGGCUCCACAAUGCUUAAAAGUUCAAGAAAGAACAGUCCAUCUGAAAGACUUUUGUCCUGCAGCAAUCACAGCGAAAUUAAUAAGCAACAAGAGGCAUGUAACCAUAGUUACCCAUUCCGAACAUCCUCGAAUAAGUUGUCCACAUAUGUGUCAACUCCAAGACUGUUGAUCCACAACCGGAAGCAUCUUUCAUCCCUUGAAGUUUGAUCAUCGUCGGUCAUCAUUGUGGCAAAAGAUAACUUUGAGUUUUCUACGGACAAUCCAUUUCUGCAAUACAAAACCACAAGUGCAUCUUGUCAUUAACUAUUGAAGCCAAACCAAGCAUUAUGCUCCGUACUAAAAUGAGAUGAACAUAGAUACCAUUUGUAUAAACCCAAUCCAUGUUACAAAGAAAAAUAAUCAUAUGAUUCCACAAGAAAGUACUCCAAUUUGG